UCCCAGAAGGCCAUGGACCAAAGAAAGCCCAGGUGCUCCCGGCAUGCCGCGCGGUGGCUGAGUUUGAAACGGUCUGCUUUCCCGGCUGCAAAAUGAGCGCCCCGCCGCUUCCUCAGACUUGGCAGCUCUACCUGCUCGAUAGCCGCAUCUCUACUUUCCAGAACUGGCCUUUCACGGAGGACUGCGCCUGCACCCCGGAACGGAUGGCUGAAGCUGGGUUCAUCCACUGUCCAAGCGAAAACGAGCCUGAUUUAGCCCAGUGCUUCUUCUGUUUCAAGGAACUAGAGGGCUGGGAACCAGAGGAUGAUCCUAUGUUGGAACAUAAAAAGCAUUCAUCUAGUUGUGCUUUCAUCAGCAUUAAGAAGAAGAUUGAAGAAUUAACCCUCAAUGAGUUUCUGAAACUGGACAAAGAAAGAGCCAAAAACAAGAUUGAAAAGGAAACCUCCCGGAAAAGAAUUGAAUUUGAAGAGCGUGCAAAAGAAGUACGACAUGACAUUGAGCAACUGGCUGCAUUGGAGUGACUCCUCUUCUUAAUACCUUAUCCCACAACUUAAUCAUUAUUUCUAAGACAUGUUCUCCAAAUAUUAGUGUGGGACUGCUCAAUGAUGCUUUCCAACAGAAGAAAACUUUGGGAAUUUGAAGUUAGAUUUCAUCAGCUAUUUUUUGCUGGUGGAUGAUGCCAGAUGCAAUUUGAUUCCAUUUUGUCCAACUGUUAUUUAUAGCACUGGUGACUUCUGUCUUUUUUGAGCUAUUUUUUCAUUUUUGUAUUUUUAUAUUGCUGCCUCCUGUCCUUGCUAGGUGCUAGAUGAAGACCUGGGUGAGAAGUAGAAAGAACUAAAGUACUGAAUCCAUUCUUAUAUUUGCUAUUCAUGCCUAACAAACUUUCUCUUAGCUAAUACUGUUAUAGUUAGCCUUUGUUAUCUAGCUUUCUAUCUUUGGAUCCUGGGAUUUGAGUAAAAAUGUUCUGCACAUAGUUGAAUUUAUAAUCCCAUGGUAAAUAUGCUAGUAGUUAAUUAAGGAUUAAGUAUUUUUAUACUUUGUAUAAUAAUACUUUGGAUUUAUAUUGUAUCAUUUUUACAUUGUACAUAAAGCCAUUUCAAUAUUGGUUCAUUAGGCACAAUGGCCUUUAGAAGGUACUUACUGUUGCCUUUGUUUUUUCCUAUCAAAGUAUGAAUACUUCAAAUGAGAUCACAUCACUUAACAAAAUCUUUGAAUGAUGCUAUAUGUUUUAAAAAUCAGCAGUCUGGUUAUUUGUAACAAUAUUUUUUUGUAUUAGUACUCAUAAAUAGAUUUUAUGAUUCAACAGUCUCAAAUAUAGAGAAAUAAUGCUUUUUUUAAAAACCCAGCACUUAUUCUCUUAGUUGGUGUUUGUAUUUGAGUCUUUUUCAAAUAGCUGUAGCAUUGUAAGAGAUAUGAAAAGUGUCGAAAAGAGAUACCUGUUUCCAGAGCAAAGUAAAGUUGCUCUUCUGCUUUGCCUUCAUUUGUUAAAAGAAGCUAAUUAUAAUGGAAAAGUUGCACAGACUACAAAAUCAAAUUCCCUGAAGCAAACUUUUUCCAGAGUCCUGGCACACUAAUUCUUUUCUCCAUAGAAGAAUCACAAAAUGCAUAUUAUUUUUCAUAGGGUGGCAAUGGGUGGUAUUGAAUACUUGAAAUUUAUCUAAGGCUGCUUUAUGCUAUUUUUUUCUGUUACGUUUUUCAGUAAUGUUUAAAAUUAAGAAGGUCAGUAUUCAUUUAUUAGAGUGUCAUCACAUGCAUUUUCUAAAAAAUUGGAUUAGAACACAUUUUUUCUUAUGUCAUAUUUUUUGGUACUCCCUCUCUGUUUUUUCUAAGGUCAUAAAGUUCAUGGCACUUGGGUAAAAUUCAUGAUCACGCUCUUUAAAGCUGCAGCAUCAACUAACAUUUGAAAAUGGAUAAUUACUGUGGUAGGCAUAAGAUUAGAAAAACAAAAUGAGCUAUAAUUCAUAUGUUAUACCAACUCCUAAGACAGAAAAAGAUUGGUGAACUUAAAACCCUAAGUGUGAUACAUUUUCAACUUAGACUUUUUCUACGGCAAGUCUUGCUUUCAAUUUAACCAGUCUGUGGAAUUAUUUUUUGAUGUUUAGAUUGAAAGCUGUUUGAGGGAAGAUAUUGUGUCUUAUUUGUUUCUCCCAGCAUUUAUCAGAACAUUGGACACAGGAAGAACUAAAUAGAUGCUUUCUGAAAAACCACCAUUUAAAUUUAUUCUUACCUGGCAUAGGCUGAGCUGAGCUUAAAUAGCUCUUCAAGGAAGGUGAGUCAAAAAAGUUUUUAAGUUAGAUAAAGGUGGGGGGGUUAAUUUGGGAAAACAAAAUAUAUUUCCAUUCCUAUUUUUAAAGCAUAGAGCAUCAUUCAAAGGAUUUGAUGUGGCUUCAUUUUUCUGUAUUGUAAAUUUUCUAGGACAUUACAAACUCUUAUUUAAAAACAAACCCAUUAUUCCAAAGCCUUCUAAUGAAGACCUAUGAAACUUCUAAUAUGUAAAGAGAGAAAAGUCUUAGCUGGCAGAAGUUGCCGCUAAAAAAAACCUACCAAGAGGCCAUGUGCUUAUGGUCUGGGUGCGGAUGUUCUUUAUGUUUUUCUGAAAGAUGAUACUAAAAAGCUCCUAAAACCUGCUCAAUGAGUUAGCAUUAUAAAGACAUACCUAAUCUGUUUUGUCAAGUUUUUUGAUCUCAAAGAUCAAAUCAUACCUAUUUUCUUUUCUCAGUAUUUUCAGUUUUGCUACAUUUCUCUAGAAUCAUUGUCAUCUGAAUAAAUAAUAGAAGAGUGAAUUUGGAAUAGCAUAAGCUUUUCUUAGCAUGACUUACCUUGGCCUUCCUAUAGCAGAUUAAAAUAUUUUAUCCACCUUCAUGAAGUUAAACAGUGCUACUACAGAUCCUUGAGGAUAAUUUUAAUUUUUUCAGAGGAAUAAAUUAGAGGACAAAUACUACUCUCUGAGUUUUAAUUUUUUUUUUCAAGCUGCUUUUGUGAUUCCAUCAUAGUCUCCUCAAGAAUCUUUCUGAUGCCACAAUUGAAACUGUUGAUCAGUUGUUCUGACAAAAGAAUUGAACUGGCCUUGGUCUGUCCUGUAAGAACCAUGUAAGUUUCUUGACUAAUUUCUGUAAAUGCCAGUAGAACUUUUUUCUUGUAGAAAAUUAGUUGUGAAAGAUGUGUUCCAAAGUAAUGGGAAAAAAAGUGAAACAUUUAAAAAAUAAGUGAGAAUAGGGGGAAAUUCAGAAGACACACGUGGAUUUUAUUCUUAACAUGAUAAAGUUUGUGUUUAUUUUCAAAACAAACUAUCCAAGAGAGUCAUGAUUUCUUAUGUAAUCCUUUUCUCCUGUCCUUUACAUAUGGAAAUGUUUGUUGAUAAGUUCAUAAUUAAAAAAAAAAAAUGUUUAAA